CACAAGCCAACCCAAUUCAUUUGACAUCUCAAUAUCAAAACAGUGGAAAGGAAGCGGUAUUCCUUGUAUUACGAUGUGUGAUGUGUGAUCGCGUGUCAUACUGUUGCUUUUCUCUUCAACUUCAGUCAGUAAACAUUACAAGUGCGGAAAAAACAGGACUCAAAUCCUACGCUUAACACUCCAAAAUUGGGUCACCCAGGCACUCAACUAUGGCAGCCCUCACUUGCAAUUCACCUGCCGCCACUGUUACUACCAAACUGCCCAACAAUAAAACCAUUUCAUUUCCAAAAUCACUCUUUUUCAAACCCAAUAAACAGAUUUUCCCAGCUCUCACCCCACUCAAAUCGUCAUCCUCCCCUUCUGAUCUUUCUCCUGUUGAUCCUCUUUCCCCUGCUACCUCUUCCAAUUCCCUGAAAUCUCGCCUCCGAAACAAUGAGACCCUCUACGGCAUUUUCUUACUCUCGUUCUCCCCGACUCUCGCUGAAAUUUCGGCGAUGGCUGGUUACGAUUUUGUGGUUGUCGAUAUGGAGCAUGGCCCCGGUGGAAUUUCUGAUGCUCUUGCCUGCCUUCGCGCUCUUGGUGCCACGCGGACACCGGCCAUUUUACGUGUCCCCGAGAGUUGCCCAACUUGGGCUAAAAAGGCUCUUGAUCUGGGUCCUCAAGGGAUUAUGUUCCCCUUGAUUGAGUCCCCCAAAGACGCGAAGAAAGCAGUGUCGUACUGCCGAUUUCCACCCGCUGGAAUUCGUGGAUCGGCUCAUACGGUGGUGAGAGCUUCGGAUUAUGGGAUUGACGAAGGGUAUUUGAGUAAUUACGAGGAGGAAUUGUUGAUCAUGUGCCAGGUGGAGAGUGUAGAUGGGGUUAAAAAUGUUGAAGAAAUCGCGGCGGUGGAUGGGGUUGACUGUGUGCAAAUGGGACCUUUGGAUUUGAGUGCGAGUAUGGGGUACUUAUGGGACCCUGGUCACAAGAAGGUUAGGGAGAUGAUGCGAGUGGCGGAGAGAGGUGUUUUGGGCGGUGGAAGGGCUUACUUAGCUGGAUUUGCUAUGCCUCAUGAUGGCCCCCAGGAGAUGAAGUCGCGUGGGUAUCACAUGGUGUCUGGUGCUGUCGAUGUUGGGUUGUUCAAGAGUGCUGCUGUGGAGGAUGUGAGAAGAUUUAAGAUGAGUUUGAUGAAAGGAUCUGAUGAUGACGAUGGUGAUGGUGAGAGGAAGCAGUUGAAAGAUGCUGAUGAAAAAUACUGGAGCGAAUGAAGGAUUGGUCUGAUUGCUGUUGGGUAGAUAAUAAAUUAUAAUUUUGCAUUUUUCUUUCUUGGAAAUGUGGUGAUUUCUGUUUUCUUGUUUUAGAUUGCUAAAACUGGGAUCUUCUUUGCAGUUUCAAUUUUGAACCGAAAGUUAGAACUUUUAAUGGGUUCAUGUCUUGUAAAAUAGGUUCACAGGCAGAAAAUUAGCUCCACCAUCACUGAGAUUGCUGGCAUGAAACUGUAAUAAUGAAUUUUGUGUUGGAAUUGUUCAA